CUCGGAUUCGAAAACGGCCUAGAGGCUUUCUCCCCAGACACAAUCUCCUCGCAACGACCUCAGCCCCGUACACUCGACGUCUGGAAUCACCUCAGGCCCAUCGCCCGAAUGGCAAGGAUUGGGCACAAGAAGUCCCGCAACGGUUGCUCCCGUUGUAAAGAGCGAAAGGUCAAGUGCGACGAGCGGCGUCCAUGCGGCGCCUGUGUCAAACUCCGCGACUGUUGUAGUCUUUCUCCGUCAUCUAGCAAGAUCAAUGGGGCAUCCAGUGCUCAAACUCCGCCGGAUGCGAGGGCAAGACGACGGGAAGAGAUCGUGCUGGCCACUCCCAGUGCCUCGCCUCCUCGAACCAAUCUCGCAGAUCCACCACAUCCAGUGUUCGUAUCAGAGCUGUUCUCCCAUAUAACCCAACCUAGUGUGGGCCUUCAACCUUGCGUGGGACUUCAACCUGAACAGGCAUUCAACUGGGCCAUGGACCUGGGCUUGAUGAACCACUACACCUCCCUUACAUCUGGAACCCUGCCAGGAGCCAGCCUGCGAGUGUGGCAAACCGAGAUACCAAAGGAGGCCAUAUCAUACCCGUUCCUCAUGCACCAGAUCCUCGCAGUCUCAGCAUUCCACCUUGCCAGCCUUCAACCGGCUCGAAGCCAGAUACAUUUCACCCAAGCUCUCCAACAUCAGCAGCACGCAAUCUGCGGCAUCAAUGCAGAGGUCUCCAACGUCACCUCCGGCAACUGCCAUGCGCUCUUCGCUGCGUCCUCGCUGCUGUUCAUUGGGGCAUUGGCCGCCUCUUCUCCAGCCCUGCACAAAACCCGCCAGUCUGAAAUGGACAACAUUGUCGAUAUUUUUACUCUCAUCCGAGGCGUGAGCGGCAUCCUAGGCUCUUCCAAAAAGGACAUCCAACAGGGCUCACUUGGAGAUUUCAUGGAUUGCGUUCCUCAUCCGAUAGAAUCCAGGCUACUCAAUCUACUGCUUGAGAAGAUUCCUGAGAUUCGUCGAACUUUGCAUGAAAACAGUACCCAAGCUCUAGCAGACGGAGCAAUUGCCGGUCUUCAGGAAAGUAUUGCCAGAGCUUCAACUACAACUCCUGAGCUUACCGUUGCUAUUGUCUGGCCCAUGACUCUAAAUGAUGACUUUCUUGCUCUUCUGCGCGAACGCCACCCGGCUGCCCUGGUCAUCGUGGCCCAUUAUUGCACAGUCCUUCACGCUGCAGGGUCGGAAUUCUGGUUUAUGAGAGGAUGGGGACGCUGCAUUGCCACUACGAUUGCGGAGUGUCUUACGUCACCGUGGAAGGAGUACAUUGAGUGGCCCUUAGCCUAUAUUGGUGAAGCCUGAGGGCUUGCGUUUCUUUUGGAUAUUGGAUUCCUGGAGGCAAUAACAGAUUGAAUCCCGACAAAAUUAGCGGGCGGAAAUUGCGGAGUACGGACUGGGUCUGCUGGAGCUCGUUGGUGUUGUCUCAUCACUUAAUCAAAUUCAGCACAUUCGUCACUAAAUCGCGAUAAUGUGUAUGGUCUCAUUGCCCCAGAAUAAACCCAUCAUCG